AUGUACAACCGAGGGGACCCUCCCCCCUUCGACUACUACCCCAGACACUACCACAAACAAUACCAGCAUCCUUAUCACAAGUCACGGUAAGUCUUUUAAAAUUUUGUUCGUUUAUAUUGACAAUCGUUUUAAACAGAUUUUUAAGAAAAAUUAGAAAAGCGCAGUUUUUGACGCUAUAAAAUACUUUUUUAUCAGUAUUUUAUCAAAGUUCAUAAGCUUUUUAUGCUAACGUAUUAUCAUAACUUUACUUCAACUAAUACAAUUUCAGAAGAGAACUCUACGAUGACUCUUGCGAACCCAAUAACUGCCACAAUCUCUCAAAGUAUGUUAUCUAUGGAGCCAACAUUGUAUUCUUAUUGGUCGGACUGGCCACGAUGUCAUUAGGCAUCUGGCUUCGAGUUGACAGCCGGUUUCGUGACUUUCUCAGUGAACGAUAUCGACAAGCAGUAGAUGAAGCCUUCUGGGAAGCACCCACCUUGUACACCUUCAGCUACAUACUGAUCAUAAUGGGUGCUUUCAUGAUAAUAGCAGGAAUUCUAGGCUGUUGUGGGGUUGGAGCUGGAGGAAAGUUGAGUAUCAUAUUCUACAUUGUUCUGUUAUUUAUUCUACUGAUAUCUACUGUUAGUUGCAUCAUCUAUAUUAUUUAUAAAAAAGAUGGAAUUGACGUAGAACUAUCAGAUGCACUCAAUUAUAUGGUACAACAUUACUAUCAAGGAGCUGGGGUAGUACAAGAGAGCUUAGACAGGCUACAGCAAGCAUUCAGAUGUUGUGGUAAGUCUUUUCAUAAUAAGGUUUAUGUAUUUUUCUCAUGUAAUAACAUGAAAAUAAAUAAUAUAUUUAGUAUUCUAAAAUAUUAAUCUUAUAAUAUUUUUAAAAAUGUUUUAGGUAAUGCUGGAUGUUCUGACUUCCGAGCAUUUCGACAAGAUCCACCUCGGACUUGUGACAUUCGAUGUGAUGGAUGCCAUUACCGUAUCUGGCUAGCCCUACGAAUUGGGUUUUCAGUAGCUAUAGUACUGUAUUUGGUCGUAAUACUCGCUCAAGUAAGUCAUUUUCACUUUGAAAGCCCUUUUUAAUACACGAAACGGCACCGAUAUGAAGACUUAAUAUUGUUUUGAAUUUCAGCUAGUUUCCAUUGGUGUAGCAGUCGGAAUCAUAGCAAGAGGAAAGCGACGCUACCGACCGCCUUAUCAAUAUUACACUAAACCACCUCCACAAAUGUACCAUUCGUCAGUACCACCUCCAGUUAGUGCAGUUUCCUACAAAACAACCCAGAGGCCGAGAACUGCUCCCAGGCCAGUGCCAAAGUUAAGAUUAAAGUAG